UUUGGGUCCUUCAUUUGACAAAUCCCACAGUUCUUGCCUUCCUAAUUUUCUAUAAUUGCGUGUGUUUGGGGUGGAAAAAAAUGGCAUCUAGUGGGAGAAUAGUCUUGUUCAUGUUUCUUGGGUCGUUUAUGUGGUUUAAUGCUCAAAAUUCAUUCGUGAGUUGUGCUUUAACAUCAAAACUACAAAGGAAAAUUGCUAAAAUCAACAAAGAGGGUCCUUAUCUUGGUUUAAUCAUACCAAAUUCUUUUGAACUUAACCCUCUUCUUCAAAAUCCAGGCUAUACUCCUAGUGACAACAUCAUAGAUUUUGCAGGAAGAAGAUUUCGUUUUGGAGCCAUUGGCCACAAACCUGUUAUUCUGGUCAUGACGGGAUUGAGCGUGAUAAAUGCAGCUAUAACUACACAGCUACUGCUAAGCUUUUUCACUGUAGAUGGAGUGGUACAUUACGGCAUUGCUGGAAAUGCAAACCCUACCUUGCAUAUUGGAGAUGUAGCCAUUCCCCAAUAUUGGGCUCAUUUGGCACUUUGGAGCUGGCAGAGGUAUGGUCAAGGAGGUGAUGAUACUUUACCCUUAGAAAACAACGGUGACUACACGAGGGAUGUAGGGUACUUAAAAUUUGCAGAUUUUACAUCAAAUUUAAGUGCUGGCAGUACAUUUGACAACCAACUCAACAAUCUUUGGUACCAACCAGAAGAGAUUUUUCCCGUUGAUGGAAUUCCUGAACAAAGGCAACAUGCCCUUUGGGUUCCCGUUCAUUCCAAUUACUAUCGUAUUGCCAAAAAAUUAGAGGAGUUGAAGCUAGAGGCGUGCAUAGACACAACCACAUGCUUGACAAGUACACCAAAGGUGGUUCUUGUGGAGAGAGGAGCAAGUGCAGGGUUCUACCUAGACAAUGCAGCAUACAGGACAUUCAUUUACAAUAAAUUUAAUGUGAGUCCAGUUGACAUGGAAAGUGCAUCAGUCGCACUUAUAUGUUUGCAACAAAGGAUUCCCUUCAUUGCUAUUAGGGCUCUCUCCGACUUGGCCGGCGGCGGCACCUCUGAGUCAAAUGAAGCUGACACCUUCUCACCACUCGCCGCCACUAACUCCGUCGCCGUUGUCAUUCAGUUUGUUAAGUUGUUGUCACACCACUCCAAGUGAUCCAUGUUAAUUAAUGUAUCCAUUGUGUCAUGUUUAUGUUUUUUUUCUUUCUUAAUAUUCCCACAUAAGUGCAAUCAUAUGCACAUGAAGACAACAACUUUGUUCUUAGUUGCUUGUCCGGAAUAAAUAUCAUUAAUUGUAUAAAUAAGAUAAAAUUAAUGAUAUUUUUUUACUUUAUGUUUUACAAAAUCAU